AUCGCUUGGAAGAGAUCCGGACAAACUUCAGCAGAAAAAUCCCACAGCAGAACCGAAUGUGUUUUGGUUUUGUUUCGUGAAAAAUAACAGACAGCCAUGACUGACUCCAGCUUUAGAUGUGAGGCGUGUGGUAUCACUCUGAACAGUAUUGAUCAGUACACGCAGCACACAAGUGGCAGAAAACAUCUUAAUAAGGUGCGACCAUCAUCAGAAGGCGAAUCUUCAAGUGACCAACAAUCAGGAGAGGAGGCAAAUGCGGAUCCAUUUCGUAAAGUUAUUUUUACAACUGCCGAAUCCUUAAGUUCUUUGCCCCCGAUUGAUCUUCCACCUCCGCCCCCUCCCCCGCCCACCAAGAAGAGGAAGGCGGAGGUAAUGAUGGAGGGGUGUGAGAUGUGUCAGGUUUAUUACAACUCACCCAAUCAAAAGGAGGUACACCUCACCGGAAAGAAACACCAGAAAAAAUUGAAGACAAUGACAGAUAUCUCCCCCUCAGACCCUCUAGGUCUGUCGCUAGACUCGGCUUCCAACCUGGGGUUAUGUGAGCUGUGCCAUGUCUCUUAUUCUUCUGUAACAAUCCGUGAUCAACAUCUUAACGGAGCGAAGCAUCGAAAGAAGGUGCAGCUGUCACAGUCCCCUAACCCCGACCAGGAGAUGUGUACAAUAUGUAACGUCAAGUAUACCUCGCCUUCCAACAAACUUCUCCACAUACAGGGUCGCAAACACCAGAGGAGUGUCCAGUCUCACAGCACACCAGAAACAGCGCCGGUGAAGCAUGCCACAUGUUUUCGGUGUAUGUUUUGUCAUAUCACCGUUAACUCCCUGGACCAGCUGGAGAUACACAGACAAGGCAGCAAACAUAAAACAAUUAUACAGAAAAUGAAGGAACAGCAGCAAGGUUGUGUUAUAGACGAUCUGUCUGUUGUCGUGUCGUCAGAGGAGGUGAACAGCUGCAAGGUUGUGUUAUAGACGAUCGGUCUGUUGUCGUGUCGUCAGAGGAGGUGACCAGCAGCAAGGUUGUGUUAUAGACGAUCGGUCUGUUGUCGUGUCGUCAGAGGAGGCGAACAGCAGCAAGGUUGUGUUAUAUACGAUCUGUCUGUUGUCGUGUCGUCAGA